AUGAUUAGAUUUAUCAAUAAUGUUUUAGAAUUCAUAUUAGUAGUAUUUUUGGUAUUGUUGUUUCCAAAUUAUAUUUUUUCGAUAUGUCCAUCAAACUAUGUGACCGAUAUAAAUAGGCAAUUAUGUGUUGGUAGAGAUAAUGGUAUAAACUCUUUAACUUUUGUAGAGUGUAAAUAUCAAUUACCAAAUACAAAUGGAAAUAAUAAUAGAGUUUCAUUAUUAUUAAUGUUUGAGAAAAAGGCAUUAUUAUCAAAUAGUCCACCACAACAAAAUAAUACAUUUAAUUGCCCAUUUGUAGCGGGCAUGUCUGAUGGUACUCCAUCGAAUUUUAACGAUUUUCCACCGAUAAACAUAGAUUUGGUUUAUAAUAAUUAUCUCAUUUACAGCGAAUGUCCGACCAUACCCAGUCGUCCAGCAGACAUGGCCAACAAGAGAAUGGGUAUAAUGGCCUUGGAGCAGACCAGUUACAAUUCUCUCAAAAGCACCGAUCUCUGUAGAGGAUCAGUAUCACCAAUGGACUUUGAAAAGAAUAAUCCAAUGGCUGGUAUAUUGGACCUAAACUCUUGUGUCCAAACUUAUUUCUGUAAAAGUGUAGAUACCUAUUUUCAAGUAAUGCAAUCCACCAACAACAACAAUUGUGAAUCCAACAACAAUAACUAUAUCUGUCCGACUCUUCCAAAUAGUAAUCAUUCAUCAGUACUAGUCUAUUCACAAACAAUCGAUAUUGGUGACAAAUUAAAUAUUACCUCUUCAAAAUGUUCAACCGUUUGUGUUCAUGGUUUUUGUAAUUCAAGAUUAUCAAUUUGUCAAUGUGAUCCUGGUUGGACUAAUAUUGAUUGUAGUCAAGAUGUUGAUGAAUGUAAACAAAGUGAUUUAAAUCCAUGUCAAUUAAAUUCACAUUGCGUAAAUACUUUGGGAUCUUAUCAAUGUGUUUGUAAUCAAGGUUAUAAACAAAAUUCAAAUAGUUGUAGUGAUAUUAAUGAAUGUAAUGAAAAUAAUUUAUUAUGUAAUCAAACUACAUCAUAUUGUGUAAAUAAUGUUGGAAGUUAUAAUUGUGUUUGUUUAAAUGGUUUUAAAUUAAAACAAAAUAUUUCAAAUGAAUGUGAAGAUAUAAAUGAAUGUGAAAAUGAAGAUAUAUGUGGUGAUCAUGGUAUAUGUCAAAACACAUUUGGUAGCUUUCAAUGUGGAUGUGAAAGAGGUUAUUUAUGGAAUUCAACACAAUGUAUAGAUGUUGAUGAAUGUACAACUAGGUUGGCUGUAUGUCCAUUAAAUGCAUUGUGUAUUAAUCGUAUUGGUCAUUAUGAUUGUAAAUGUCCUGAUAAUUUACUUUUCCUAUCUGAUAAUAAAUGUCAAGAAUUUCCACCAAUUUAUAAUGUUAAACAUUUAGGUAAAGGUAAAAUAGAAAUGGAAGGAGUAGGACAAUUUAAAUAUGAAAACUUUUCCAUUUUAAUUGGUAAUAUACCUUGUGUAAAGGUUGAAUUUGCAACCAAUGGAGAAAAGAAAUUAAGUUGUACAAUUGAACAAGGUCUUUAUAUCGAUGGUGAAUCAAUCAUAUUUUUUGUAAAUUCUGCUAGUAAAAUGGUUUCAACGCUAAGAUUACCAUUUAUAACAUCAAUUAAUGAAGUACCAACAAAAGGAGGAUAUUUAGAAUUAAAUGUAAUUGGAUCAGUUGAUGAACGUCAAAUGAAAUUAGAGAUUAAUGAUAAACCAUGUGAAAAUCUAACAUUGAUAGAUCAAGGUGUAUUGUCUUGUUAUGUUGGUCCUGGAACAGGUAUAAAAAGUUUGGUAUUUGAAAGUAUUGGACAAGUAUCUAGUGAUGGUUUGAUGUUUUCCUAUCAACAACCAAACAUUACAUUCCAUACAUUGGUUGGUACUGAAGGUGGUCAAAUUCAAAUCUAUAGUUCUAAUCUAGGUAAUGACACUUCACUCAUUAAUAUGACCGUCGAUGGUGAACCAUGUAAAAAUAUUCAAUUUAUAGUUCCAGAUGAAUCAUUUCAAUGUCUAGUAUCACCUUCCAAAUAUUUUCAUAGUGUUGGUGAAUUAUCUAUUGAUUCUGUUAAAUCUUUAAAUAAUUUAUUAUUAAUUUAUGAUCAAAAGUAUUCAUGUAAUAAAAGUAAUUGUGUAAAUGGUAAUUGUAUAUAUGGAAAUUGUUAUUGUAGUGGUGGAUGGGCAGGUGAAACAUGUGAAUUAUAUGAUAGAGAUGUGACAGAUUUCACGGCAACGUCAACUGGAUCAUCAUUUCGUCCACAUGUUACUAUAUCGGCACGUGAUGGGACAUGGUUUGAAUUGUUGGUUUCUAGAAUCAAAGAGGUUAGUCCAACACAUGAAUUGGUAGAAUCAUAUAAUCUAACCAUGCCACACUUGGCUUGGACAUUGGUCAAUCAACUACCCUAUUGGAAUUACAGUAUAACAUUGAAUAAUAAUGCAUCAAUCUAUGUAUCCAUACGAAUGCCAAACCAAAACAACUCUGUCACCAAUGACGAUUAUGAUGAACAACAACAACAACCUACACUUUUUCCAGUACCACCACAGGUAGAAUACAAGAUUGGACCAAAUAUUACAUUGACAGCAUCGGCUGCGUCCAUUCAAUACACCAUUUCAGUAUUUAAUUGGCCAUUCCAAUCAAAAUACAAUACUCUUAGACUAUUAUUAAAUAGUAACUCUUCGACGGCCAAUAGCGAUAAUCGAGAUUGUUCUAUUGUCAAUUACAGCCACUUUAAAACAAACACACUCGAUUCUGACCUAAUCCAUAGUAACAGUCAACCAUUGCAAGGUGUAAGAGGUACCGAUACAAUCAGACCAUACAUUGCAGUUAGAGGAAAGGAGUUAUUGUGGUACAAGACCUACAAUGGAUAUACUACACUGUAUGCUCGAUUCCUCAACAAGGGAUUAGUAGAUGGAGAGUUAAAAACUAUUCGAUUCAACCAAGUGUAUAGAUCAACCGAUCUAAUAUCGCAAGACAAUACAGCUACGACCGGUGAAAUGACAAUUGAGAAUGGUCCGGAACCAAUCAUUGUUGAAAUGAACCUACCAUACUUUGAAUCGAGUUGUGUUGUCGAUCCAGACUAUGUCAUACAAAUCGGACGAGAUAGAGAUAGUCAUGCAGAAUGUAUGAAACGUUCUGAAAUGUCUGAUAAACUUCUCAUCCCAUCUGUAUCCAUUACAGUUGCCGUCGUUGGAUGUGGUACCAUUAUCUCUGUAGUUUGGUUUAUCAUUCAUAAACGUAGAAAGAAUAGAGCUGCUCCCCCCUCCAAAUAA